AUGUUUACAUUCUCACCAAAGGGUAAAGAAUAGAUGUCUGUUUAUGAGAUGAAUAAUGAAUUUACCAAAACUAAAGAUAUUACAAUAAAAUGUGGAUCAGAUAGUAUUUGUCUAUUUCCUUCAUAAUGUAUAAAUGCAAAAUGUAUGCUUAUGAGUAAAAAUGGUGAAUAUGUCAACAUCAUUAGGAAAAAAUAAAAUGGAGACUUAUUAAUUCAAUAAUCUAUGCAUUUUGGAACUAAACUUAUAUCUGGAACAAUGAGUGAUAAUGGACAGUAUUUAGUUACUUGGGAUAACAAAUAAAAAUAAAUACAAAUUAGAGGAUAUUAAGAACAAUGA